AUGGUGCAAGGAUCCUUGAAAAAAGCCACACCCUCCGGCCCGGGCAGAAAGCCCUCAAAGACCACAAGACCCGGUGUCCGCUCCGUGGCGCCCAAGAAAGCCGGACUCAUCAAGCAGAAGAAGCUGACGAAGCAACUCACAUCCGGACUUGUCAGUAUGACGGAGAAGAGUCUUGCGACGAAAGCGGGACACUUGGAAAUGUUGGCUGGUGGAAAGAAGGAUCGGUUGGAGAAGGAGAGGAACCAAGCGAAGAAGACUGGAACUUUGAAGUCCGGACCUAAGAAGGCUUGA